AGCUUCGACGAGGUGGUCAAGCUGUGUGACUCUUCAUCCCCUGUGGCCUUUCUGGAGGCUGGGAAACAGUUCCUACAAAUGAGGAAAGGGCCGCCCCGGGCCGGCGUGACGGUCACCACCCCUAACGCUAGCGAAGAUGGGGAAUUUAAGACAGAGUACCUGGUGGUGGGGAAGCGUAACCCCAGCAUGGCAGCGUGUCAGAUGCUGUGCCAGUGGCUGGAGGACUGCCUGGCAUCCAGCACCUCUAACAGGCCCUGUGGCAUCAUGCAGACCCCCUGCCAGUGCUGGGAGCCCCCUCCUCCUCCACAGCUCAGUGAAGGAGAUGGAUGCUACAGGAACGGGUUCUAUCUGGAGAACUGCCUACCCAGUGCCGAUGAGAAGAGUGAUACUGACAGCAACAGUGGCUGGAGUGUGUGGGCGGAGUGGAAGGAGUGCAGCAGUGACUGUGGUGGUGGCGUCCAGACCCGGAGCCGUACCUGUCAAUCUCCCCCGGAGGAGACAUACCUGUGUGAGGGAGUGGUGGAGGAGGGAAGGCCCUGUAACCCACAGCCAUGCAGUGGCAAAGGCCGUCAUCUCACUCGCAGCCAAUCACUUCGCUCCGUGGACAGCCGCAAGCGUGAUGGCGGCGGUGGCGAGGUAGACAAGACGCGAGGCGGUGGCGGCGGACAGCAGGCCCCACAGACAGUGGAUCAGACUGCGUCAGGUGAGGAGUGGUCGUCGUGGAGUGUGUGUUCGGCCACAUGCGGUGAGAGCUGGCAGAGCCGCACGCGUUUCUGUGUCUCCUCCUCCUACAGCACCCAGUGCAGCGGCCCGCUCCGAGAGCAGAGGCCCUGCAACAACUCUGCCGUCUGUCCAGUGCAUGGGACUUGGGAUGAGUGGUCGCCAUGGAGCUUGUGUUCGUCAACCUGCGGCCGUGGUUACCGGGAUCGCACGCGCAGCUGCAAGCCCCCUCAGUUUGGGGGAGACCCCUGUAUGGGGCCGGAGAAGCAGACCAAGUUCUGCAACAUCGCUGUCUGCCCAGUUGAUGGGGUGUGGAAUGAGUGGGCUAAUUGGGGUUCAUGCUCUGCGUCCUGCUCCAACGGGACCAUGCAGCGCAUCAGGGAGUGUAACGGACCUUCGUACGGAGGAUCAGAGUGUCGCGGGGAGUGGAUAGAGACCAGAGACUGCUUCCUACGGGAGUGCCCAGUGGAGGGGAAGUGGCAUCCUUGGACGUCGUGGGUGGGCUGCACCAAGACAUGUGGUGGGGGGAGCCAACAGAGACAGAGGAUUUGCUAUGGGCCCUUCUUUGGGGGUGAAAAUUGCCCUGGAGAUCGGGAGGAGGUGCGACACUGCAAUGAGAAGCGGUGUCCAGAACCUCAUGAGAUCUGUGCAGAGGAGAACUUCUCCAACGUAGUGUGGAAAAUGACUCCAGCAGGGGACACAGCGGCCGUACGCUGCCCUCCCAAUGCAAAUGGGCUGAUCCUGAGACGGUGCACCCUGGAUGAUGAGGGAAUAGCCUACUGGGAGAACCCCACUUAUAUGAAGUGUAUCUCCAAUGACUACCGCAGCAUCCAAACACUGACUCGGGAACACCUGUCCAAGGCCCAGCGGGGGCUUGUGGGGGAUGGAGUUUCAGAGGUGAUGACCAAGCUCAGGGUGACGUCCAGCGAUGGGACCAGCUACAGUGGAGACUUGCUGGCCAUAGUGGACGUACUGAAGAACAUGACAGAGAUCUUCAGAAGGGCCUACAACAGCCCCAGCAAUGCAGACAUGAGAAACUUUGUCCAGUCAGUCAGUAACCUGCUGAUGGAGGAGAACAGAGAGAGAUGGGAAGAAGCACAACUGUUGGGUCCUAACAUCAAGGAGCUGUUCCGGUUGGUGGAAGACUUUGUGGACGUCUACGGUCUUAGGAUGAAAGACUUCCAGGACAUGGUCGAGGUCACGGAUAACUUAGUUCUGUCCAUCCACAAGCGUCCGGUGGCGGGUAAUGCAGACAUCAGCUUCCCUAUGAAGGGCUGGAAGGGGAUGAUGGACUGGGCCCGCAGCUCUGAGGACAGAGUUACUGUCUCCAAGAACAUCCUCUCCACAGGCAAGCCAGAUACAGAUGACUUGUCAGCGUUUGUCACUGGGAUCGUUCUCUACAGAAACCUGGGCAGCAUCCUAUCUCUACAGAGAAACAGCACCGUGCUCAACUCCAAGGUGGUGUCUGUGACCAUCAAGCCCACCCCAGGAUCCCUCUCUACCCCGGUGGAGGUCCAGUUCUCACACCUUUACAACGGCACCACAAACCAGACCUGCAUCUCCUGGGACGAGAGUGACAGCUCUUCGCUGCUCGGAUCGUGGUCUGCCAGGGGCUGCAGAGCCGUGCCUGUCGACUCAUUGAGAACCAAAUGCGUGUGUAACAGACUCUCAACCUUCGCCAUUUUAGCACGGCUAAAUCCUGACAUGAACAUGGAUAAAAUGCAGCUUCCCUCUGUGACCCUGAUGGUGGGCUGUGGAGUCUCCUCCCUCACCUUGCUGCUUCUCAUCAUCAUCUACGUGUCGGUCUGGAGGUACAUUCGCUCCGAGCGCUCCGUCAUCCUCAUCAACUUCUGCCUCUCCAUCAUCUCCUCCAACGCCCUCAUCCUCAUUGGUCAGACGCAGACACGGAACAAGGUGAUCUGCACGUUGGUCGCUGCUUUCCUGCAUUUCUUCUUCCUGUCGUCGUUCUGUUGGGUUCUGACAGAGGCGUGGCAGUCAUACAUGGCUGUGACUGGCCGGCUGAGGAACCGCAUCAUCCGCAAGAGAUUCCUGUGUCUGGGCUGGGGUCUACCUGCUCUGGUUGUGGCAGUCUCUGUGGGUUUCACCAAAGCUAAGGGAUAUGGCACCGUCAACUACUGCUGGCUGUCUCUGGAAGGUGGUCUGCUUUAUGCGUUUGUGGGACCGGCUGCCGCUGUGGUCUUGGUUAACAUGGUUAUCGGGAUUCUCGUAUUUAACAAACUGGUGUCCAAAGACGGCAUUACUGAUAUGAAACUGAAGGAGAGGGCAGGUCAGAUGACAGUACCACUGUACAAUAUGACGCUCAAAUGUGCCAAGUGCGGAGUUAUCUCGUCGGCUGACGUUUCUACCACAGCUACCAGUAACGCCAUGGCGUCGCUGUGGAGCUCCUGUGUGGUUCUGCCUCUCCUGGCCCUCACCUGGAUGUCUGCUGUCCUGGCCAUCACCGACCGCCGCUCCUCCCUCUUCCAGAUCCUGUUCGCUGUGUUUGAUUCGCUGGAAGGCUUCGUCAUCGUCAUGGUGCAUUGCAUCCUGCGCCGAGAGGUUCAAGAGGCAGUGAAGUGUCGGGUAGUGGACCGCCAGGAGGACGGGAAUGGAGACUCAGGGGGAUCUUUCCAGAACGGACACGCUCAGCUUAUGACUGAUUUCGAGAAAGACGUCGACAUGGCUUGCAGAGGAGGUAAGAGUACCGGCAAAAAAAAGAGUACUCUGAAGCGUUCCUCUCUCCAGGGUGAUGAGAACCCAUCCUCCCAGCCCCUGACCCUUCAGAAGGGCUCUAACUUCAACACCAUGCCUGCCAGCAUGGCCAAGGUCCACCUCCAGAAUGUGGCAGACUACCCCAGUCAUACUCUCACCCUGCGCAGGGAGAAGGGUGGCGCCACCAAGGGCAUCAGCACCGAGCUGCCGGGAGCCAAGUCCAUCUACAUCUGUGACGGGGAGCUCUUUAAACAGCUGGACGGGGAGCUGUCUCCACGGGAGACAGGGGAGGCCGGGGGGCCUGAGGGCACAGGGUACAUCAUCCUGCCUAACAACAACAACACUGGGACCCUGGGGCGGCCCGGAAAGGGCAGCAAGGAGGACACGACGGCCAAGUACAACAUCAGCAUUGAGCAGCAGAUGCCCCAGACCAGGCUCAUCCACCUGGCCAACUCGGCGGGGGUGGAGGGCGUCCCGGGUUUCGCGCUGAAGAGCCUGCCUGCAGACCUGGUCAGUGUCUCCUGCUCAGAGAGGGAGUCGCCCGUCCACAACAUGCAGAACGUCUCUGGAGAAUCCCACAUGACCAACAGCAUGUGUGAACAGGGUGAUUCUGGGAACUCUGGAAUGAUGUCCAAGAGCGAGACCGUGUCCACGCUCUCCAUGAGCUCCCUGGAGAGACGAAAAUCUCGCUAUGCGGAGCUGGACUUUGAGAAGAUCAUGCACACACGGAAGCGUCACCAGGACAUGUUCCAGGACCUGAACAGGAAGAUCCACAGUGCAGACCAGGACAGGGCGUCUCCGCCUGGCGAUGGGAAGGCAGGGAAGAGGUGGAGUGUGUCCUCAGCAGGCAGCGACAAGACCAACAUGAGUGACAAGCAGCAGACACCCAGUAAGAGAGCCUGGGAGGGCAUCAGGAAGACCCAAUCUCCCCCGUCGUGGAUGAGGAAGGACCUGGAGCCCUUGGCGGCCUCUCCCCUGGAGCUGCAGAACGUGGAGUGGGAGAAGGCCAGCGCCACCAUCCCUCUGGUGGGACAGGAGCUCAUGGACCUGCAGACAGAGGUGUGAGACUGAGACAGAGAGACAGACGGAGAGAGAGACAGAGAGCAGCCAACCCCGUCCCCCAGCCCAGCUCUCAGACAGACAGACAGACAGACAGACACUUUCCCUUCCCGCAGCUCCACGUCUCAAUCUCACUCUGAGAACCAACGACCAAAUGAUCAAUGACCAACGAAACGGGCAGGGGUGAGUGAGAGGGGAGAGAGAGAGAGAGAGAGAGAGAGGGGGAGAGAGAGAGAGAGAGAGAGAGAGAGAGAGAGAGAGAGAGAGAGAGAGAGAGAGAGAGAGAGAGAGAGAGAGAGAGAGAGAGAGAGAGAGAGAGAGAGAGAGAGAGAGAACAAUUGCCUGUUAAAUGGGGGGGAAGAGGAACAGGUUUGCGGUGCAUUUUGUUAUAUUUUCUUAUUGCUGCUGGAAUCAGUUUUUUGUUUACUAUGUCAGACAGUCAUAUAUCUGGUCUGUUAUUAUCCACAUUAUUACUUCACUGGACACAUACUUGAGUCCCUCUCUCCUCCUGGUAGAUCUCUGUGGAUGGUUAGCCAGUUUGGCAGUUGGGUGGUGUAGGUAGUGUAGGUUAAAAGGACAGACUGCAACUGCCUAUGGACUCUUCACCAGCCUGCUAACAGAUCACCUGGACCAGCCAUACAGUUCAUGUUCCAACCAAGCCUUUAGGCAAUGGACCUGGUCUGGACAAGAGCUUCACCCAACAUACAGUACAUGUUCCAACCAAACUACAUGUCCAGUACAUGUCCCAAACACGCCUAGGCAGUGGAGGAGGCAGACUGCUGGACCAUAACCAUGUGCCUCUCCAUGCCAACUAAGAGCCCCACCCUCCACUGCACUGUUAGACAGUUUCCCCACCCCCUUGACAGGAAGAGAGCAGAUCGAUGACAUCAGCCAGCCAAAAGGGUGGAAAACCCUGCCAUUGGUGGGUGCCAUAGUGACAUCAGCAUAGACCAACAAGAAUGAGAUAUCUCAUUUGCGGAUGCCCUUAAUGACAUGACUGAAAGCCAAGAUGGCCAUAUCUCAUUGGUGGAAGCCUCUAUGACCUCAGCAGAAGCCAAGGAGACACUGUUUUGAUUGGUUGACUGAUUGAUUGAUGUACCAGCAGGCUAGGUUCAUUUGUGGCAAAUUUAAUUCUGCUUGUUCGGCAAAUGCAGGUGGUAAAAAAUGAAGGACACUCAUGUCACAAAGUAUAUAAAGAAUUAUUCUUAAUGUUGACAAUGGAAAUGAAUAAAUAUAAAAAUAUAUAUGAUAAAUACUGUACAGGACAUGACAGAGGUUGUGACUCUGCAGUAUGGGGUUAGGAUUAGUUGCACACAGAGAAAGCACAAGGCUCUUUUGGAGUCCUGUUGUACAGCAAUGUAAUUAUUUCAACAGAGUUCUACAGAAUGAAUUUUAGCCUAUAAAUAUCUUUCUUACUGUGCUUGGGGAUUAUUGUUGUCAUUAUUAUAAUUAUGACCAUGAUUAUUCAGAUUACAUCUGCGUCCGAAAUGGCACCCUAUUCCCUAUGUAGUGCACUGCUUUUGACCAGGUCAAAUGACAGGGAUUAACACCAGGUUAAAAGUAGUGCGCUAUAUAGGGAAUAGGGUGCCAUUUCAGACACAUCUUAUGAUUCCCCUCCCAUCCUUUUCAGGGUACUGGAAUAUGAGUGUUCUGUAACUCCAUGUAACAGUGUGUGUUUUGGUAUCACUGACUGUCACUCCUUCCUCAGAUCUGUACCUGUCUGACAUGAACCCUGGCCUCUGUCCCCUGACCUUUAACCUCCACCGCCCCCUCCUUUUUAGUUCACUGGGGUUGACUCUUUGUUAAUGUACAGUUUUCAGAGCACAAAAUGAAUGUGUCAUAUUUCUAAUAAAAUAUAUCUAUAU